UGUUUUUUUGCCAAGAUGGCGGCGGUGUGUCCGACUGAAUGGGCGACGCGAGGUGUAAAACUGUAAAAAAAGAUGUUCGCCGCACGUUUACAGGAUCCUUCUUUUUAAUGUAUUCUCAUUGAAACCGUGAAAAAAACUGAAAUCAACUAGGAUGGUUAUAUCAUGACACAGAGCAAAAAGAAGAAACGGGUGAAUCGCAGUCUCCUGCUGGCCAAGAAAAUCAUCAUCAAGGAUGGCGGAACGCCGCAGGGUUUUGGGUCCCCCAGUGUUUACCAUGCUGUCAUAGUCAUAUUUUUGGAGUUCUUCGCUUGGGGAUUGUUGACUGCACCCACACUAGUGGUUCUUCAUGAAACCUUUCCGAAGCACACGUUUUUGAUGAAUGGCCUCAUACAGGGAGUAAAGGGUUUGCUGUCGUUUCUGAGCGCCCCUCUGAUCGGCGCUCUGUCUGAUGUCUGGGGCAGGAAGUCAUUUCUCCUCCUCACCGUUUUCUUCACAUGUGCUCCCAUCCCUCUGAUGAGGAUUAGCCCAUGGUGGUAUUUUGCGGUUAUUUCUGUGUCGGGGGUGUUUGCUGUGACGUUCUCAGUGGUUUUUGCAUAUGUGGCCGACAUCACACAGGAGCAUGAACGCAGCAUGGCAUACGGCCUGGUUUCAGCCACUUUUGCGGCAAGCCUGGUGACCAGCCCAGCCAUUGGUGCCUACCUCAGCCGAGCGUACGGAGACAGUCUAGUAGUAGUUUUAGCAUCAGCGAUCGCCAUGCUGGACAUCUGCUUCAUCCUGGUGGCUGUUCCUGAAUCGCUACCGGAGAAAAUGAGACCGGCGUCAUGGGGAGCGCCGAUCUCCUGGGAACAGGCCGACCCCUUUGCAUCGCUGAAGAAGGUGGGUCAGGACUCGACAGUGCUCCUCAUCUGUAUUACAGUAUUCCUGUCGUACCUCCCCGAGGCUGGCCAGUACUCCAGCUUCUUUCUCUACCUGCGACAGAUAAUGGGCUUUUCAUCAGAAAGUGUUGCUGCAUUCAUAGCUGUACUAGGAUUACUUUCAAUUGUUGCACAGACUGUAGUGUUAAGUUUACUGAUGCGUUCCAUCGGGAACAAGAACACGAUCUUGCUGGGUUUGGGGUUCCAGAUCCUACAGCUGGCAUGGUAUGGGUUCGGUUCAGAGCCGUGGAUGAUGUGGGCUGCAGGUGCUGUAGCGGCCAUGUCCAGCAUCACCUUCCCUGCUGUUAGUGCACUAGUGUCCCGCACUGCAGACCCAGACCAGCAAGGUGUGGGUCAGGGAAUGAUAACGGGGAUCCGUGGUCUGUGUAAUGGACUCGGUCCAGCUCUCUACGGCUUCAUCUUCUACAUCUUUCACGUGGAGCUGGAUGAGGUUCCUGAUGGAGGUGAAGAUGUUGAGCGUCACACUCAGCUCCACCAGCAGAGUGCUAUAAUUCCUGGUCCUCCAUUUCUUUUCGGAGCGUGCUCGGUGCUACUGGCACUGCUUGUGGCUUUGUUCAUCCCUGAACACACACAGGUGGGUAGCCGAGCGGGCAGCUGGAAGAAACACGCCUCGGCUCACGGGCACCAGCACAGCGCUCAGCCUCCAGAAGCCAAGGAGCCACUGCUGCAGGACACCAACGUGUGAAAGAAAACCCUGAACCAGAGAUGUGACAAAUGCCAAUCUAUAUCAAACCCAGAGCUUUUUAAAAAACAUGAACAAACAAACAUCAAAAAAACCCAAAAAAAACUUUAAAAAACAAAAACUGUGUACAUAGAGGAACAUAUGUUUAAUGACGGUUCUGUCCAGUGGCACCGUUGCAGUGGCUUGUAUUUAUUCAUUUUAUAGUUCUUUAUCUUUUGCUGUUUUUUUUUUUUUUUUCGUUUCUUUUUUUCUUCUUCUUAAAAUUGCAUUCCCAUUUAAAACAGGGCUCACUCAGGGACCCGAAGCUCGGUCAGGAGCAUUUCUGAACGCAGCAUGCUAACCCAUACUCGCCCCACAUUAAUGGAAUAGUUCAGUGAAGGAAAAAAAAAGUCACAAGUACCCAGUGUUUCUCUCCGUGCGCUUUUGCACCCAUUAGUCUGUUUAUGGAGUUUGAAUCAGAGUGUAAUUGAUUCUUUUGGUUCAUUUGCUAUUCGGUUUGGUUUGCACAUAAUUAAAUGAACCAAAUAGCAGAAAAAAUGCUGUCUGAAAUGUAAGUAGGGCUGAGAACAUCCUCAUAAAACCCUUUCACUUGUCCUUUAGGAAAUACCAUGAUGGAAAAUGAAACCAUUAUGAAAUCCGUGUAUAAAUCACAAAAAUCGCCUGAGCAUGGCCAACACGGAGCCAGUGCUGAAUAAAUUAUUCGAUAAUUAUACAGCAAAAAUAACCAAUAUAAUAUAUUUCUCUUUUUGUUUGUUUCGUCAGUCUUACAGUUCUGUCCUUUUGGCUCAGACUAGCAGCUCACAUCUAUAGAAAAAAAAAAAUAGCUGCAACCCAAAAUCAGCAUGUUUCAUUCAGAAUCGAAUCGCUUUCUCACUCAAGUUCAGCUGGAAGUGGACUGAACAUCCCGCUUAAACGCUCGGACAGAGCGAUCGCCGUGUUCUCACCUGCCUAAAGAACCGCACCGAGGGGAGAAUGCACUAAACAUUGCAUAUAUGAAAUAUGUCAUUGUUUAGGUGUCUUGAACUUUCCAUCAUUCCAGAUUCAUUAGUCAUUUUGCACAUCUGUCCUGUUUAUUGUCAGGGGAAAAAGAAGGCUGUUUUUGUGUAUUUUUGAGUGCUACCUUGUCCUCUUAAAAUGUACCCCACAUUAAAAAAACGCACAACAGUUGGCAGGUUAAAGAUGACCGGAAUCAAACUGUCUUAAACCAUGUCUAGGUGUGGUUUGAGGCGAAUAUUUACGCACGAGGUUUUUGGAGGCGAUUCAUUAAAUGAUUGCUACAUUAUCCUUUUAAACUCGAGCAACAAACACGUCUUCUCUGAUCGACUACAUUAGAUGUUAGAUUUAUUUUUGGGGGUUUCUUUUGGGACAAAUAUUUCCUUUAAUGCGUGGUCAACAGAUGAGCCAUUUUGAUGCCUAUAUAUUUCCUUACACGGCUUUUCCAGCUUGGCUUCAGUGUGAAACAGAAGUUUCUGCAUCUUCAGUUUCAUUUUACAGAUCCAUUAUCUACACAGAUGAUGUGUAGUAGACAUACCACUUCAGAGUUAUUGGUGCCUUCACUCACUACCCCCUAACCCCGAAUCCCACACACACUGCAUGUUUUGUUUCUCCUGUUAUAAUCUUGAUUGAACUCACCCAGUGAUGAGAACAGUUCAGUGUAUCAGAGCAGGAAAUACUAGCAUGCAGAGCUUUAGGAAUGUUCUGGACGGGACCGGUGUGUGUGUGUGUAUGUAGGAAGUGUGCGCAUUUAGAAGGAGCAGGAGCUCGGUGAGGAGAGGAACUUCAGUGGCCUUGUAUACUUUUCAGGUCUUUUUUUAUUUUAUUUUAUUUUUUUUUAUUUUUUUUUUAAUAGACAAAACCAUUUUGACCAAAUAAAGCAGAAGUUUUUAUUGAAUGAUGACGUGUGAAUUAGCCAUGUUCUGGUUAUUUAUGAUUUCCGCAUGCUUUUUUCUAUGUUCUCUCGUCAUGUUUUGCUGCCUUUUUAUUAUUAAUUUUAACAUACAGUAAAACUGUAAACAGCUAAGCGUGUAAAUAUGACACGACGUAUACUAAAACAUUUCAAUAAAAGUAUUUUUGACAUUCAAAGUUGAA